UCGCAGGGACCCCCAGGCAGACACUCGUGGGCUCGCCGGGUCCCUCCAAUUAGGGGAAGGGGCUCUGCCGCCUCUGCUGCCCCCCAUCCCCCCCGCCUCCUCCUCCGAGGGUGAAGGCACCUGCCCGCCGCUCGCCCCCGCCUUCAGCCAUUGACAAUUCCGAGUCCCCCUCUCGCCCCCUCCCCUUUCCUCCGCCACCAUUCACAAGUCUCAUUCAUUGCGCGGCGGAGCCCCACGCCCACCCGAGGCAAGGCGGCACCAGGCAGCCAGGCAGCCAGCCAGCCGAGAGGGCACGCUCUCCUCUCUGCUCCUUUCCUCUCCUCUCCGCCGCCCCGCCCGGCAAAGGGCGCAACCAUCCGCGGAAAGCUGGCCUCGGGUUGCUCUCUUUCCCGCGGCUGAGGCGGAGGGGGUCGCCUUCCUCCUCCUCCUCCUCUUCCUCCUCUUCGCCUCUAACAAAGGGAUUUGGCCGGCGCACGAGGCGGAUGCGGUGAGAGAGGGGCUGCUUCCCCGGCAGGAGGAGGAAGGAGCGGGCAGGGAAGGCAAGGAAAAGGGGGGAAAGAAGACCCCCCCCCCUCCCACGAUGGGCUGCUGCACCGGGCGCUGCACGCUGGUCUUCCUCUGCACGCUGCAGCUGCUAGCUGCCCUCGAGAGACAGAUCUUUGACUUCCUUGGAUUCCAGUGGGCUCCUAUCCUUGGUAAUUUCCUGCACAUAAUAGUUGUCAUUUUGGGUUUGUUUGGAACUUUACAAGACAGACCUCAAUAUAUAGUUGUGUAUUCGAUAUGGACGGUUCUCUGGGUCACAUGGAAUGUUUUCAUUAUCUGCUUCUAUUUGGAAGUAGGCGGUCUCUCUAAGGAAACAGAUCUCAUGACCUUUAACAUCUCAAUGCAUCGAUCCUGGUGGCGAGAACAUGGACCAGGCUGCAUACGAAGAGUGGUGCGUCCUUCAGCUCCUGGCAUCUUAGAGGAUUUUUCCUAUGUCUCUGUGACAGGCUGCAUCAUGGACUUCCAGUACUUAGAGGUCAUUCACAGUGCCAUUCAAAUACUACUCUCUUUGGUUGGUUUUGUUUAUGCCUGCUACGUGAUCAGUGUUUUCAUGGAAGAAGAGGACAGCUUUGAUUUCAUAGGUGGACUUGACACUUACUCCUACCAACAAUCCCCUCGGGAACAUAUUGAGUUAAAGCCUGUAAAUCCUGUCGAAAUAAGUAAUGGACACUGAUGUUCCACUCGUGUUUAGCAGUAUUUUUCUGAAUCAGAUGUUUCUGAAGGAAACUCCAGUUCUGCAAAGCUGUCUUGCAGAAGAGACACCUGGACUGUGGAUUCCGCUUCCAAUGUGUGACUGGUCACAGCCUGGAAUUUCUUCUUAUUGUUGUUAGGUGGAUCCUUGUUAGACGAUCUUGAAUUUCCUUUCAAUUAUUCACUUUUAUGAACACUUGUAAAUUGUAACUUUUUUCUUUUUAAUGUUAUUUUUACAAAUAUCUAGUGUUUAUGGCAUGAAACAAUUGAAUGUGUGAAAAAGUCUCUUUCUCCCCAAAAAAUCAGCCAAUGUUUUUUGGACUGAUACAAUAAUACUAGCCUGCAUGUGCUAGUAGUAUUUUGAUACACACACAUCCUCCAAAAUCACUGGGUUGUGAGAUAGCUAGCUCAGGAGAGAGAUUACUGAGUUUAACCUUGUGUGUAUUCAUCAAUUAGAUUCCCCCCCCCCCCCCAGAUAUUGUAAUGUUUAGCAUUGCAUUCUAGUAGUGCAGUGCUACGUAUUUACCCAGAAGCAAGCCCUGCUGAGCUCAUUGGGACCAAAUAAAUUGCAAAGGAUCACAGUCUUAGUAUUUUCCUCACAUGUUAGCCAAUUCAGUGGUGCUUUCUCCCAGGUAAAUUUGCAUUAAAAUGUGAUCUAGUUUGCAUAUGGCUUCUUCCUCCAGUUUUCCCUUUGUCCUAUAUGUUUGCCUAUAUACAUUGGCCUAGAUUAGAUUUCAGUGUGUGCAACUGAGUUGAUGGAAGCAGACAUGCAUGCCCUCUCUUCUCUGUGGUAGACCAUCCAGUGUCCUAUAAAUGCCACACAGAAGGUCAAGGAGAGCUUGCUGCUGGAUGAAAUAAUGUGUGGUACAGCUAGAAAGAAGAAUCCUUGAAAACUGGACAAAAGUGCCUCCUAUCCAUAGAGCGCUUCCAUUUACAGAAGAUAGAUGCUGGACCCAGCCCAUUAAUUGUAGCUGUUAGUGAAUGGCAGAAAAAUGAAUGAUAACUUGGUUUCAUCCUUCAGAAAUUCAGGACAGAUGUCUGUAAUUUGCAUUUUUUAAAAAUCUCCUAAGGAGCCAAAUGUGAAUGUGUACAAACUGGGGUAAAGAGUCAAAGGGUGGUACCAGCUACAGCCUUAUGAGCUUCUGAAAAAUUAAUAAUGGCCUUAAUUUAAAAGCUGAACAUAAGGCAUUUGAUUAUGACAAUGUGUAUAAAAUUUGUAGAUUUAUUUGUAAAUACAUUUAGAAUAAGAAUAUGUAUCAAUGUGACUUUUUUUAAAAUUUAGUUUCCAACAGUAUAAAAAGUGAGAUUACACAA